AUGGCGGCUGAGUCUUUGCUACCUCCGUCUUCUCCGUCGCCAUCUACUCCGGUUCACAGCCCUUCGUCUGUCUCCUCGCUGGUAAGAGCGCACGCAUCAGCUGCCUCCUUGAUUCAGUCGUCCUCUGUCGCUGUGAGCGAAGGCACCCCGCGGAAGUUUGAGAUCGUCCCACAGAAGGACGUCCAGCCCUCGGGAGCUGCAGCCGAUGCAGAAGGUCUGAUGGCCUUUGAGAUGAACGCCCGUCCCCUGUCACUCUCUCCCGUCCACCUGCUGCCGCGUCGGGCUUCCCAGCGCAGCGCGUCUCGUGGGUGCCGGGAAGAAGCGGAGAUCCACUCUUCAGCUGCGGAGCUGGCUGAGGAAGGCGAAGAGGACCUCGGCAAUGUCCCUACACAGUUAGUCUCGUUCCACACGCCGUCUCGGCCACCUAGGUGCAGUCGCCACGGCGCGCCGCAGGACGACACCCCAGACACGCGGCUCGGCUGUACGGACAGCAGCCGCGAAGGCACGCCGAUCCUGACCCGCGGCCGCAGCGUGACGGAAGAAGGCGGCGAAGACGGUUUCUUCGCAAGCUUUGCGACCCAGAGCCAAGGCCGAACUCGCGAGGACCAGCGUGCAUAUGCGGCGGCGAGUUCCUCAGCGGCGCAGGAGGUCGGGCGCCCUCCUCAGAAGGCGGGAGACGGCGUCGCUUCGAAAGAGGAAGGAGGCGAGCUGGGGGGAGACUGCGCAGCAGCACGAACCAUCGGUGAACUCAGGCCUCAACACGCAGGUCCGCGGCUUUUCUCCAUCGCACCAUACGCUGCUGAUGGCGAGGCGGAUGCGACGACGCCGGCAGGCGAGGACGGUGUGUCUGGGGGACGUAGAACAGCCGAGGCCGUGGCGGGCCGCAGUCGCGGCGGCGGGAGACUUGCUCGCGAUAAAGGCAAACCGGUGACUGAGCAGGGCCCGCCACCUCCUUGCAGCACGCUGGAGCCUGAGAGAGACCUUGGGAGCGUUCCCAGCGCGGCGGAUCACUCAUUCCGCUCGCUCAGGGGUCGCAGACGUGGUCCGGUCCCCGGGCUCGAGGAGGCGAACGAGGGAGGGCGGAAGGCUGCGCGCGACGCGCGGCUCUCUGCCGCAGCUUCAUACGCCGACACGCCGGGUUCGAGUAGUGCAACAGAUACGGGAAGGAGCCCAGAGCGGCCUCACCUGGCGCACGAAGUCGCGAAAGGCUGCUGGGCGAGGAGACAGAGACGAGAGGCAGAGCGGAGCGGAGAACCGACGGGCGGCAGCCGCGGGUACUGCAGAAGCGAGAGCGGGCAACGGGCCGACGGCAGCCAGGGCGUAGGCGCAGAGUCCGCGGCGCAAUCUGGCGCAGGCGACAGAGGCGGGGCGAUGGGCGCGCAUGUCUGCUGCCAGCAGGGGGAGGGGACCAGUGACGAGGUGGAUGCCUCGGGGGAUGAGGACUUUCGCCUCCUUCAGCGCGCCGCAUCCUCGCUCCAGGAGGGCUGGAAGGUUUUCUCUCACCUGCUGCGCCGCCAGCAAGCGUUGUCGCGUCGCCUCCGCCAGACUCGGCGACUGCAACUCGUUCAACAGAAGGAACUCGCAGGUCUCCGCGAGGCUCACGAGCGCCUUCUCUCUGUCCUGUCGAGGAGCCACGCCAGCACCGGCUCAGAGCCUCCGCCGAGUCCCCCCCCGGGCGCUGAGGCCCGGUCUUUGCGUCCCUACGCGUCUUGUUGCAAAUAUCCAGUCACGCUUGCAGGCGGCGACUCUCAGGCCGCGCCAGGAGACAGGUGUCAAGCGUGCUUUUCUGAUUCUCACAAUCCUUCUUCCUCGUCGCUCUCCACGUGUGUCUCGUGCUCCGCAGGCAGCAUGGGGUUGGCUGCGUCGUCUUCGUGCCCGCGUGAAGCGUGGUCGUCGUCGUGUGCGUGUCUGCCUUCGUCUUCUCCGUCUCCUUCCUCUUCCCAGUCUCUCGCCACAGCGCCAUGCGGCCCGUGCCUCUCCUUCGCGGCCUUCCGGUCUUCCUCGACUUCCGCGAGCGCCUCUUCUGCGUCGGCUGGCUUCCCUCCUGCGCGCGCGCGCUCGGUUGGCGCUCUCAGCGGAGCCGCCGCGUCAGCCCGGCGGGGGCGCGACUGCCAAGCGGCUUUCGGUGGCGGGAGGGGGCGAGGGGACACAAGGCCGUCAGCGGAAGACGAGGCGAAUAAAGAGAACGUGGAUUCUCAAACGAGCGAAGAAGCCGCGCAGAGCCACGUGUCUUCAGAACUCCGAGCCGCGACGAUGGAGUCUUCGGCGCAAGGUUGUCUGGAGAAGAGAAAGCCAGACGUUCAAUCUCCAGUCGGCUCCUCCUGCCUCCCGCCCUCGCUGCACACGGGCCUGCAGUGUGUUUCCGGCCGUGCACCUUUUUCUUCUCCCCCCAGUUCACUUCCCGCUUCGGCUGCUGCCUCUGCCUCGCUGGGCGACUCUGGUGGCAGGCUUUCAGACGCGCACCCCUGCCAGGCGAAGGACGGUGAAGAAGGAGAGAGGCUCGCGGAGCCUGUGCGGUCUCUUUUUUUCCAGGCCGAAGCGAGAGCCGCGGGUGUCGAGACGGAAGCCGUGGAGGGGACGGAAGAAGCUCGCCAACUGGGUGAGGACGGAGAAAACAGCCGUCUGGGCUCGGCCGCGCGCUCUGCCGGUCGUCGAGCCGGCGCGAAGAGGUCGCAGGGAGACCUCUCGCGCGCGGAAGCAGCGAGCGGGCGCGAGUGGAAGCGCCUCAAGCCCUCAAGGCCCCCGCGAGGAGGCGGCACAGGGGAAGACUCAUCACUCCAAGAGCAAACGGCAGACGCUGUGCGGAUUUCUUCUAGCGACAGCGGCCGAAGUUCCGCGGAUGCAGCCGAGAAGGCGCAGAGCUGGCCUCGCGCCCUCGCACAGAGAAACGCGCAGCCCGCGCGAACGGCGAGUUCGCACGGCCUCGAGUGCGCGCCUCCAGUGAAAGUUCGCACACGUCGCCGGCAGCUGCGUCGAAUACAGGCGAAGCACCAGCUUGUCCGCGCUUCGGAGUCGGAGUUCAAAGAAGCCCACCCCCGGCGAGCCGCAAGCCGAGCAGCGCCCUUAGCGGUCUGCGGCGGCAGCGAUGAGGGGAUUCUUCGUCUCCCGGGAGCGGCGCUCGCCUGUGCAUCCGCGGCGAAAAAGUCAGGCGCGCCGGAGGCGGAGGAAGGCCGAAGCGAGCCUCGCGAAGCGCAGUCUGAACACGAGAGGCGCGAGGCCGCGAGUGCAUCAGGGGAGGUAAGCGCGGAGCUGCCCUGCCUGCCGGGAGACGAGCGGAAAGACGGCGACCGAUGCGCGAGUAGGCCCGCGGAGGACGCCGUCUUUCUGCAGAGACCUGCGCUCCGCGGCAUGAAGAGAGAUCGGCCUGCGGAGGGCGAGGAGGACGGACGCGAGGACAAGCGGCCUGAAGACUCUGCAAGAGGGGAGACGCGCGGCGAGAGAAGAAAAGAAGAAGCGAGCGACGAGCGGGCACAGCGAGAAGGCGCAGCCGCUGCCGCCGCCGUGAAAUCGCCACAGGCAGACGCGGCGUCCUGUGGGGGGGGAAGGGAAGGCAGGCAAGCGGACACAGACGACAUGCUGUUCGCAGAGCGUCCCCGGUGCUGGCCGAACGAGACAGCAGCGGACUCACCGGGUGGAACAAGUAGCCUAAACGCCGAGGGAGGGAAGCCUGCGGCACGUUCGCAGCUCCGGGGGCGAAAAGGGCAUCACACUGCGCGCCCGUCUCACCGCUGGGGAGAGACGGCGGCCUGCGCCGGCGAGAAGGGCCGCACAGUGCGGAGCUCGGCUCUUGUGUCUCUGCAGAGGCGCCAGGAGAGGUGGGAAGCCCUGCCGAAGGUGCGCUUAGUCGCGCCGCAGCGGAGCCUCCGCCAGCAGAUGCCGGCGGCUGACUGCUCGCAGUGCGACAGGUUUUAUUCUCUUCUUCAGUCUGAGAUGGCCUGCGCACAUCCAGUCUGCGCAGGCGGAGGGAGUGCGGGCGGCGUAGAAGGAGAAGCAGACCGCGCGCGGCGAGGCGGCAGCGACAAAGGCGAGGUAGAGUGCCGCAGCGAGAGGGAAGGCGAGCGGGAGGUCGGGGUACGCUUCCGUGUCGCCGCAGAUGAAACGCGUGGCUUCUCACCGCGCGGGAGCAGAGUUUGCAGGCCACGCGCCGAGAGGGAGUUCGAGGCCGGUCAGCGAAGGAGAGCUAGCGAGGAAGCACCGGGAGACAGGAAGGCGGCGACACGCGCGAGAGUCGCCACAGAAGGCGCGGGAGAACCGGAGAAGGGGAGAGACAGACAGACGGGAGAGAAGAAACGAGGCUUGCGAGCCGAAGGGAGCAGACGGAGACGGUGGCAAGCCUGCGCAGGCACCCAUCUCGACUUCAACCUGCUUCACGCAUCGAAGCACCGCUACUGCGCACCUCCUCCCAGCACGCCCCAGGGUUUCUGGGACUUCAACUCGUUCUGCUCCCCGGUCAGAAGGGGCUCCAACAGCGAAAUUCAUGAGGCGUGA